UUCAUUAUCUGAGAAAUACAUUUUUGGUUAUUAUACUAACUUGUGAAUAACAGAAAACGGUGAAGAAAAAUGUCUUCUAUAAACAUUGAUGUCAGACGACCAUUAAGCUCAUACACGGCUGUCUGCCGAGUUUGCAUGAAAGAAAACACUAAUGACAAUUCAAAUAAAUUUCAUGAUAUUUAUAUUGAUAAAAUCAACUCUGUCGAUAUACACGAACUUUUGGUUACAAUGUUAAAAAUCGUCAUUGACCCAGAGGACUUGAGGCCGAAAUUAAUUUGCGGAGAAUGUUAUAACAAAAUCACUGAAUGGCAUAAUAUGAUAUUUCAAGCACAACUUAGCCAGUUUUGUGUUGACCAAAUUUUUUCUAGAAAAAAAGUUAAUAUUGAUGAUCAUACACAGCAGGCAAUCACUUCUUCAACAUCCGCUAUUAGUGCAUCUAACAAUGAAAACAAAGACAACUCAAAUAAUAACCCAUCAACUUCUUCAGCAUCUUUCAUUAGUGCACCCAAUAAUGAUGACGAAAACUACUCAAAUAAGAACUCAUCAACUCCUUCAACAUAUGUCUUUAGUGCAUCUGAUGAUGAUGAUGAUGAUGACAAAGACCCUUCAGCAUACGUCAUUAAUGUAUCUGAUGAUGAUGACAAUGACUAUUUAAAUAAUAGUCCAUCAACUUCUCCAGCAUAUGUCAUUAGUGCAUCUGAUGAUGAUAAUGACAAAGACCCAUCAACUCCUUCAGCAUAUGUCAUUAGUGCAUCUGAUGAUGAUAAUGACAAAGACCCAUCAACUCCUUCACACACGUCAUUAAUUUCAUCUGAUAAUGAUGACAAUGACUAUUCAAAUAAUAACCCAUCAACUUCUUCAGCACCUAUCAUUAGUGCAUCUCAUGAUGAAAACAACUCAAAUAAUAACCCAUCAACUUCUUCAGCACCUAUCAUUAGUGCAUCUCGUGACAAAAACAACUCAAAUAAAAACCCAACAUCUAAUUUAGCACAUAAUACUGAUGAUGAUACUGCAAAAAUCUUUUAUCUUAUGCCAUCCACUUCUGCAGAUGGCACACAUACACAUGUAAUAAAUGAUAAAAUUGAUGUUGGACAACGUGAGCAUUACUCAUGUAUAAUUCCAUCGUGUAGGUCAUUCUAUAGAACUUUCAAAGGAUUCAAAAUACAUUAUCGUCGUCAUCGUAAAGUUGUAAACUCUGUGGUGUGCUGGAAAUGUAACAAUACAUUUCCUAACAUGAGCGUCAUGCGAUCACACCAAUUUAAUCGUUCGUGUAUGUUUCCUGGUAUGUUUACCUGUGCUUUAUGUCCAAAAAAAUUUGAUGACCUUGAGAGCUUAAGCAUUCAUAAAUAUGUCGAGCACGUUAACAAUCAGCCAAAAUGGCUAUGUUUGAAAGUAUUCAAUUCUUAA